AUGUCGGACAAAAGAAAGUCUAAUUUAAUUAAAUUCUAUGGGAUUAUUUUCUUUCUCGUGAUCUCUAAAGUAAAUUCAAUUCAAAAGUUUUCGGAACAACCACAUUACACUGAAGUCAAUCCCAACCAAGAUGCUUUAUUAGCUUGCAAAAUAAUUGACAGAAAGGGUUCAUGUUCAUGGCAAAAAGAUAACAAACCGGUUGGAAUAUAUCCAAAGAAAUAUGAAUGGGCAAGUGGGAAUUCAAAUGCGAUUGGAAGUCAGAUGCAUUCAAGUGAUUGUUCUUUAUGGAUAAGAAAAGCGACCUUAGAGUUUGAUGAUGGGUUUUGGGAAUGCCAAGUAACAGCAAGCGAUUUUAUAACUCAAGAUGCUUUAACUAGUCAGCCGGUGAAGUUGGUUGUAAGAGUUGCCCCACAAAAACCAAAGUUAGAACAUGAAGGGCAAAAUAUUUUGCCAGGAAGUAACGUAACUGUCGAUGCAGGUGCAAUUGCGACAGUCAAAUGUGUGUCACAUUAUGGAAAUCCACCAGCUAUCAUUAAAUGGUUCCUGGGAGAUCAAGAAAUUGCGCCAUUACAUCCACAAAUCAAUUCAUCGGAACCUGAUAAUCCUAAAACAUGGUCAGCAACUGCAGUUGUGCAAGUACCAGCAACAAAAGAACGACAAGGCAUGAUUCUCAAGUGCUUAGCAUUUCAUGAAUAUUAUUCAGCCAGAACUGUUGGCGUUGAAGCUAAAAUGGAUGUCAGAUAUUCUCCGACAAUAAAACUUCAAGGAUCGCCACAAAUAGAUUUGGAAGAAGGAAAAGAUUCGCUAACACUCAGAUGCGAAGCAAAUGCUAAUCCACCUGCAAGUAUUGUGUGGCGAAGAGCUGGAAGACCUGAAAUUGCAAGUUUAACUGAAAGUCUUCAACUAAGACCGGUUAGCAGACGAGACAGUGGUCUUUAUUCUUGUCAAGCGCAAAAUUCAGUUGGCACUUCAGACGCUCUUUCUGUUCAACUUGAUAUAAAAUAUCCACCAAGAAUCAUUGCAGCUGGUCCUGAUCGAUUGAUAACUGCAACUUUAUAUUCACAAGCAGUUCUUGAAUGUAUUGCCGAAGGUAACCCAACUCCAACUUACAAGUGGGUGCAGAGAAUAACAUCACAAGGAAAUGUGUGGCUUGAAAGGGGACGAGAGUCUCGUCUUGUCAUUGCAAAUGUAACUUAUGACUUCCAAGGAGAAUACGAGUGUCGUGCAAAUAAUUUCAUCAAUGGACAGAAACGUUCAUCAAAUUCAGACACAAUUUCACUUCAAGUUGUGGGUGCACCACAAGUUCUUCGUUCGAAUUCUUCCUUGUAUCAAGUUAUUGUUAAACGAGGGGAAUCAGCGUCACUUACUUUAGUGGUAUGUGCCGAUCCCCGUCCCAGACAUGUUGCAUGGGAGUGGGGUUCGUUGAAAUUAGAAGCUGGAGCUGGAAUUGGUCGUUUUAGGGUUGAUGAUGUCACACAAGAUAAACGUGAAGAUUGUUACCUUGCUACACUUCACAUUAACCAAGCUGACGUUCAAGAUUCCCGUCCGUACUAUUUAGUUGUAGAAAACGAUCGUGGAGCCGAUAGGCAUUCAGUUAUGCUUACUGUCGAAGGAGUUUUUCCAGAGACACUUGGUAUCACUUAUUUUCUUGGAAUUACUGCUGUUUGUGCAGCAGUCUUAUUGAUAUUAAUAUGCUGGUGUGUCUACAUAAUUCGUAACAAAAAUCAAAAUAAGUACAAAGCAACAGAUAAAGACAGUGAAAAAACCGAUUUGAAACCACGUCAUGAUCUCAUUGGAGUGCCACAUCUAGAACCAACAUAUGCAACAUCUUCAUCUGCUAGAUUUCAUUUACCAACUCAGAGAAAUAUCAUUCAUGGAUCGCCUGAAGCAAUGAAGAUAACACACCAAUAUUGUGAUGAUUUAAGACAAAGAUUACUUUUAUUUCGUUAUCAUCAGAAUGUUGAUCUAAAUUUUAGAUACAAUAUCGGAUAAAAACACCAAAAUCAUUAGCCAUAAAUUAAUGAAAAGAAAAUGAAAAAAAAUUUCUGUUUUUGGAUGUAACAAAUAACCACAGAAAUGAUCAAUCAAAAAUAACUAAAUAAUGCAAAUUCUGUCACAUUCCAAUUUUUUCUAAUCAGGUUUUUACCAUUUCCGUGAACAAUGAAUACUAAAAUGUAACUAUAGAACUCAUUGAAAAUACGUUUACAACGAAAUUAUCACAAACUAGUUUACAUACAAUCAUCAAAUAAUACAAAAGAAAUAUUUAAACGGUUGAACUUGAAAAAAAACCGAAGUCUUAAAAGGGAUUUGUUUGGGAUGGUGAUGAACUUUUUUUAAAUAAAUUUCUCUUUGAAUAUUACGAU